UCUGAUUGGAAAUAGAGGCGGAAGAAGUCGACUGUGAAAAUCCUGCUAGCAGGUAGGAAUUUCUCAGCUAAAAACAUUUUUUGCAAUUAGUGCCGUUUCCAAUGGACUCCUCAGCUGAAACUGAUGUCCUCCAGGACAGAGUGAGGAGCUCCUUGAAAAUCUCAGAGGGUCAAAGAGGAGCGGUGGGAGGAGGAACAGGACUACCCAGGGCCCCAGACCAGGAGGAGGACUGCUUCUACGACUGUGAGGAGAGCCUGGAGUCAGCACUGGGGUCGGUAGAUUCAGAAGCCAGGCCAGGCAGUCCACAGGACCCUUGUAGGAGUGCUGAAGCUGGAGGAGUCAGCCAGGUCACAGAGACAGACGGACAGACUGGCACACAGGACCCAGGGACAGGAGUGGGCCCCCUGUGGGACGGAGGAACUGGGCUGGAAGUAGAAGAGUUUGACCAAGAGGAGGAGGAAGAGAAGGAAAGAUGGGAUGAGUGUGGAGGUGAAGAAGGACACAAGAUGCCGGACGGUGGGAGAGAUUCAGACUCAGAGUUGAAAGAGGAAAUCACAGCUGCAGAGUUUGAUGAAGAACACUUGAGAGAGGUGGAGAAAGACCUGACCGAGGAGGAGAGGGAGAAGCGUAGAGAAGAGAGUAUCACACUGAAGGAGAAGGGCAACAGUCACUUUAAGAAUGGAGAGCAUGCUGAGGCUGAGGAGUGGUAUACGUCAGCAUUGGGGGGGUGUCCUGUGUGUUACAGCAAGGAGAGGGCGGUCCUGUUCUCCAACCGUGCUGCCGCCAGACUACACCUGGAGAAGAAUGACAAAGCCAUCGCUGACUGUACCAAAGCCAUUGAGCUGAAGCCGGACUACGUGCGGGCGUUGGUGCGCCGGGCCGAGCUUCAUGAGAAGACGGACAAGCUGGAUGAGGCUCUGGAGGACUACAGGGCUGCCCUGCAGCUGGAGCCUAGCCAGGCCACAGCCAGGGACGCCUGUAUGCGGUUACCUCAGCAGAUCCAUGAGAGGAACGAGAAGCUAAAGGAGGAGAUGAUGAGUAAACUGAAGGAUUUGGGGAACAUGUUCCUAAGGCCGUUCGGUCUGUCGACCUCCAACUUCCAGGUCAACCAGGAUGAGAGCACAGGCUCCUACUCUGUUAACUUUGUCCAGGGCCCCAACAGCAACAACAGAUAACAGCGAACAGGACCAACAUAUUCCAUGAACUUAACCAUGGAUACCCAAACCACAGCUUCACCACUAACAACAUGACCACGAACAACUACAAGACUGACCUCCUACCCCUCUUCUCCCGCUCCUUUUCUCCCUCUCCUCUGUCUCAUCCUCUCCUACUUCUCAUCUCCUGCUUCUCUUCUGUCAUCUGGUCUGACCUGGUAACAUCACCCACCUACUCUGAUAUCCCACACUCCACAGCCUUUUAUGAUCAGAGAGCGGUGUGUGUGUACAUGAGCAUGAUGUGUGUGUGUGUGCUGGUGGUGGUGUACACAGGCAUGUGGGCCGUCUAGAAUGUUCUCUCAGACUACAUGUGAUCCUUGCCUCCUUGUGUUCCCUGAAUGUUGAGCCAUUAAAGCUUUCCUGACUUCC